UGAAAAAGGUUGGGACGAUUCCCCCGAGACAUUCURUGAAGCUGAGGCGGCGAAUCGAUUUACAUUCCGGUUAGAGAUUUCGGCUCUUCCAUGCUAUCCCGAUAAUUGGUCCUAACUUCGCGCUAACUUAAAAGCCAGUGAGGGAGAAGCUAUCCGGCCCCUAGACACUGAUGGAUAACCCCUUGCACUAACUAGGCAACUAUCGAAAGUAUAAUGUCAAAUUGGGGUAGUCUAUUCGGCGAAAGUGUCAAGUGGUCUAUUAUUAUGUAAAUGAGCGUGGUCCUGUGGCGCAACUCGUUAUARCUUUGGAUUCAAGUCCAAUGGUGGUGUAGAGAUAGCAGGUUCGAAUCCUGACAUGCACAUGUGAUAAAUCCUUGACUUCUUUUUAUUGGUAUUAUUUAUUUAUUUUUAUCUAUUUUUGAUUGAUUUUUUUCUAAUUUUAAUUAUAAUUUCUCGUAAUUUCAUCAUAUAAUUCAAAUUAUAUUUUUUCGGAAACUUUUAUUACAUUCCGCCACUUUCCCUUACUCUUGCGGGCUACCUGUGCAAAGACCAGCGGAUUUGCUCAUGAAAAAAAUAAUGGCGGACGAAAAUGAAGAAACUUCUACAUUUUUAGUUCUUUUUGCUCAAGAACACGUCGAUUUUAGAGUUCCGAGUCCUUUUCUUGAAAUAGUCCUUCCACUUGAAGAUGAUGCUCAAAAAAUACUUUCAAGAUCUUUAUCUAUCAAAUCUCUAUAUGAACUUUGGGGAACCGGCAAAACAUUAGCUCAACUAUGUGAAAAUCUUAAGAAAUAUCCAACUAGGAGAAUGCAACCCUAUUGCAGCAAAGAAGCAACAUUCAGAAUCAAUGUAGAAACUUAUAACAAAAAGAUACCUCAAUCACAGAGGGAGCAUUAUUAUGAGGCCCUUUCAUUUUUACCAUUUAAAGGAAAAGUUGCUUUGGAUAAUCCAGAAAAUCAGUUUUCUCUUGUCCUGGACUUUGGGCAAGAUACAAAUGUAGCAGCUGAAACGCCUUGUAGAUAUUAUUUUGGACGUUUGGCACGACCAGGAACACUGGUGUUUGAUCCUUUUGUUGGKACGGGCAGUACUUUAUUAUCAUGUGGACAUUUUGGUUCAAGAGUGUUUGGUAGUGACAUUGAUAAAAACUUGAUAACAGGAAGAGGGAAAUCAUCACGUGCAUCAAGCAAGUGCAAGUGGAGAAAAAGAGAUGAAAUAAUUCGCACUAAUUUCAUWAAUGCUGGCUUGGAGCAUUUGUUUGUGGAUGUUAUGGUGGCCGAUGCUUCCAGGCAAGUACUUCGACCAACGCCUAUCUUUGACGCAAUCAUCACUGAUCCUCCUUAUGGAGUCCGUGAAGGUGUUCGCAGUCAAAUAUCUGAAAAAGAACUUACUGAGAAUAGAUCAGAGGCAGAGCUUGGUUAUCCAUCAAUACACCUUGGACGGUUAUCAGAUAUUAUUCUAAGUUUACUGCACUUCUCGUCACAGUAUCUCUGUUUAAAUGGUCGGCUUGUAUUUUGGUUACCUGUCUACAAACCAAGUUAUUCUGACAGCAAAGUCCCUCAUCAUCCAUGCUUUCGACUUGUGGCAAACAGCGAGCAAAACUUGUUCACGAAUAUCUCCAGACACCUUCUUACCAUGGAAAAGACACACGAGUACAAUAAGUCUGUGACUAUGGACUCACUCCGUGACAAGAACAGAGAAUUUGAAAUAAUGUGUGAUAGGUUUAGAGAAAAUUAUUUUACGCCGUCGAACUCCAGCUGAUAGA